AUGGCGGACGGCCAGCGAAUUAACCUGCUGACGACAAAACGAGCGACGAUGAUUACAGCGCUGGGUCGGGCUGAGGCAUUCAUGGUGGGCUACAGUGAUCAACGAGACGCUCCGCAGGUACCGCUGAGGCUUGAGUAUAUAAACAACAUCUGGGCUACCCUGAAUGAAGUGCAAGCGGAGCUGGAGGCAUGCGCAGAUACUGAUGAAGGUAUGGCAGUGCAUGAAAUAGUCCGCGCUGACUUUGAGUCGCGACUUUUUUCAAUAAAAGCAUCGUUAAUCACUAAAUUGCCUCCUCUUCCUGUUAACCCCGCAUACCCUCAACCCCCGCAUGUUUCUACUGCACUCUCUGGUAUAAAACUGCCGACUAUUUCGCUUCCGGAGUUCGAUGGAGAUUAUCAGCAAUGGUUGACUUUUCACGACACUUUCUUGAUACACAACAACGCUGAUGUUCCACCCAUACAAAAAUUUCACUAUUUAAGGGCAGCCGUCAAGGGGGAGGCUGCUCAGUUGAUUGAGUCUAUCGCUAUUAGUUCCGCUAAUUAUGAGUUGGCUUGGCGCACAUUAGAGGGCAGGUAUUCAAAUGAUUAUCUUCUGAAAAAGCGACAUUUGCAGGCUUUGUUCGAUAUUCCGCUCGUUCAAAAGGAGUCCGCUGCAGCAUUGCACGGUUUGGUCGACGAGUUUGAGCGACAUACGAAAAUUCUACACCAGCUUGGGGAACCAACGGACGAGUGGAGUACCAUAUUGGAGCAUUUAUUGUGCACGCGUUUGCACAACGAUUCUUUGAGAGCAUGGGAGGAGCAUGCUUCUACUGUAGAAAAUCCAAAUUUUCAAUGUUUAGUUGACUUUUUGCAGCGGCGUAUUCGGGUUCUUGAAUCGAUAUCCGUCAACGAUCAUGCCCCUGGAAGUCAGACCACUCCGAGUACCAACCAGGCUGCUAAUUACAACCGAAGGCAAUCCCAAUUUCGGCUCUCGUCAAAUGCGUCCACCGCUAUUUCAUCCUACAAGUGUCCAGCGUGCAACGGCAAUCAUUAUAUCGCAAGGUGCGCAAAAUUCAUGCAGCAAUCCGUCAGCGAGCGUAAGCAGUUGGUGAGCAGGAAGCGGCUGUGCCACAACUGCCUGAAGGGGAACCAUUUGGUCGCUAGUUGUCCGUGUGAGCUUAACUGCAGGAAGUGUAACCAGCAUCAUCACACUCUUCUGCAUUUAGAGCAAUCUGGUACCAUUCAACGUUCCGGUAAUGAUUCUGCAUCUCGCUCAGCCAAUCCCGCUAGCUCGACUACACAAUCCGCCUCGACCUCUCUAGGCAAUUCCGUAGAGCAAACAUCUGUUCCUGCUACGGAGAUAGUACCAGCCGUUGAAACCAGCACGCCAGUUCAGCAACCUGCUGAAAACGUUCUUCUUCUAACGGUCGUCGUCAACGUCAUUGAUGCGUAUGGGCAUGCGCAUCCCGCGCGCGCUUUGUUGGACAGCGCGUCUCAGCCAAACUUGAUUUUCAACCGGUUGGUCCGCAUUCUUCGUUUGAAGCGGAAGUCCGUUAACAUCACCGUUCAAGGGGCUGGACAGAUGUCGAAAAUGAUCCAGGAAGCGUUAUUUGCCACUAUAACUUCCCGGAAGCAGAACUUUCCUUGCGGCGUAGAGUUCUUGAUCAUGGACAAGGUAACUGCAGACCUUCCUGCGCAAUUCGUAUCAACAGCUGAGUGGAAUCUACCUACAGAUAUCUUUCUUGCUGAUCCUGCUUUUAAUAAAAGUCAGCCGAUAGACAUGGUAAUCGGUGUUAAACAUUUUUACAGUUUUUUCCCGUCUUCAGCUCGCAUGCAGCUACGUGAAAAUUUACCUCUGCUGGUGGAUAGCGUGUUCGGCUGGGUUGUAGCUGGGUCGGCUGGCUUAGCAUCUUCGACAGCCCAGCAACCUUCGUGCAGCGUAGUGGCCGUGUCGAUGAUAACGCUAGAGGAAAGCGUCGAGCGCUUUUGGAAGACAGAGGAUCUGGCCACCACUGACAACUAUUCAGUCGAGGAGCGGCGAUGCGAAUCUUUCUUUACGUCUACGUUCGCGAGAACCCACGAAGGACGAUACAUGGUUCGUCUACCUCGCAAGCCAGAUUUCGCCAUCAUGCUAGGAGAGUCUGAGGCAACCGCUCGACGUCGUUUCGAGCUUUUGGAGCGCCGUUUGCAACGAGAUCCUGAUCUGAAGGCAGAGUACCAUAAAUUUAUGAGGGAAUACCUCGAUCUCGGACACAUGAAGCCGGUCAAACCGAGAAGCAGUGACGACACGGAUUGCUACUACCUUCCCCACCAUCCCGUUUUCAAGGAUUCAAGCACGACGACUAAGGUUCGGGCGUGUUUGAUGGAUCGGCGAAAACCUCUACUGGCUUCUCUUUGA